AUGACCAAAUGUGUACUCUUUGUUGAACAUUUACCAGAGAUGCAAUCUACUCCAGGAAGCAGCGGCCAGUUGUACAAGGUACUCUUCGGUCAACAGUGCCAUCUGUACUAUCUGUCACUAUAUGUCAAGCCAUCAAGGACAAUUUCCAUCCUAGACGAGAACCUGCGCCAGAUAAGGCGCAUCGAGGUUAAGGAUAUCGCAAACUUCCAAAGACGUAUACUCUCGCCCGAACAAUCGAUACAAACCGCAACUGCAACGCAUAGAGAUUUGAUCGAGAUAAACCUUGCAGCCGAAGGUGCUGGAUGUCUAAGGUUUACGUUACCGUCGACAGAGGAAUGUGAAGCGUUAUGCAAGGCUAUACAAAUUCGAUUCGGGAUACCAGUAUACAACUAUGGCAGUCUUAAUGUAAAGUUCCACGAGGCGCUGGGAGACAAACGCACGGGAGACGAUGCAACGGAACAAACAGUCAAGACCACAGGAUGCAACUACAGACUCGUUCGUGAUGAUUAUUAUGCAUCAUGUGUAGGUGAUAUGUUGAAUAAUCUGGGGAUCGCAUUAGGCGAGGAGGAACAAGGGAUAGGUGACCUGCCGGCAGAGUUCAGCAACGACUAUCCCGUAAUAAUCGACGGUACAUUGGAAGAAGGGAGCUAUGCAAGUUUUAGGAGCUUAAAGACACCGCAGAUGGAACCAUUUACGGUAUACCGUGUUGAAUGGUACCUAUCCGCACGGCGUGGGCAUUUGGGGGAGUUCUUACCAACUGCAGCCAGUAUAAGUGACGUGUUUUAUCUUCGCGAUUUCACGAUUGGACGUUAUGUGCAGUUACGUGUUUACAAGGCAGUGGGUACAGAUAUCAACAGGAAGUAUUUAUAUUGUACCGCAACACGCGGACCUGUACGUCUUGGGAAUGUGAUGGCACAUAGUAUAUUGCUAAACGUUUCAAAGGAUAACGAAGUACAUGACGUAUUAGUAUGCGCAAAGGAGUUCCGGUUAUUGGCAGCACACUUAAACAGACUCCCAUUUCCAGAAACUGCCCAUUCCAUAGCUACACCACAAUCACCAGGUGGAUCGGUGGUUACCACGAGCUCAUCUUGUCCAAAUGUUCAUGAGGCACCGGUUAUAAAGCUGGAGACUAAUGCCUCAGAUACAACCGAGAUGGCUUUGGAACAUGCAACAACAGUUAGGCGCUCAUUCUACACGGAAACUACUGGAACAUUUGGAAGUUAUACCGAUGAUCAUAAGUCAUUUUUAAGUGACUCGGAAGGUAACGUACAUAGUGCCAACAGAGAACCACCAGAGCCCGAAGAUACAUCGGUAACUGAUAUGUUGCUACAGGAUAGCUACAGCUUACCUAGUGUGCCGUCGCUGGUUAUUUGCGAAAGCAGUGCUUCGGAAAGGGGGUCGCAAGGCACAUUGUCACCACCUCGGCAGCCACAACCAGAUAGCGGUGCUGAGAAAAAGGUGCCGCCAAUUUCCCUAACGGGAAAAGCGAUAGCAUCUGCACCUAAAAAGCCAAGGUCGAAACCGAAUAAACUUGAGGCUGUUAAAAAAGCACCUCCGACGACACGGGGUGGUAAAGUAAGAGGGUUAUUCAGGAACCUCCUGGAUAAGGGCAAGUUGAUUAUGCGUAGAAAAGGCGCAGCCAAGGCACCUCCAGCAUCCAAAAAAAUAGGGACACCAGUACCAAGACCUGGAAAGGUGCCUAUCAAGCCGCCAAUCACAAUGCCUGUAAACACAACUCGGGCAGCACGUGAUGAGAAAUUUAUGGAGAUGCGAAUGCAGUGCCGUUGUGCAGUAAGUGGUCGGAAUUCUCCAUGUGAACAAGUGCAGGGGCUAUUUUUGUGGAUUAAUGAGGUGGAGCUAGAGUUGAAAUGGACACGUCUAGAUGUACGAGACUGCAACGAUAUCUAUCAGCAACCGUCUGCCAAGUUCGAUCCACAGCGUGAUGUCGACCUAGAGCUACUUUAUCGGAGGUACGCAGUCGUAAAGCUCUCGUCACCCCUACUACUGCGUCUCACAGAUAGGCUCAAACGUUUACAGUCGAUCGACCAGGGAGAACAAGACCUGCAGCGUGGACUCUUUUCCGAGGUUAAAGAAGCAUACGCGAAAAUAUGUAAACAUGUGGCACGGCGUCGUACGGAAGAGAACCUCAAGAAGUUGGAAAAGGAACGACUACGCCUACUCGGCCAAUUAGAUGACCUAUCUCAGGAGUCUGCGGAGCACAAGCUAGUGUUGAAGACACUAUCCACGCUACCAGAUGAUCGAAGGUGCUACCGUAUCGUGGGCCGUGUCGCAGUAGAACGGACGGUAGCGGAAGUACGCCCCGCCCUAACAGCAUAUGCACAAAAGGUUGACGAACUGCAUCAAAAGUCUACAGAACAACUUGACUUUAUCAACGAAGAGGUGGAAAAACUCACCAAGGCAUUGACAACACCUGUAGACACCGUCUAA